UCAUUAGAAAAAUAUCAAAGAAAACAAAGAGUCCUGCCUCUUCUGUUCUAUAACAAGCACCAUCCCAUUUCCACCACCACCACCACUAAGUUUGUUGUUUGCACAAUUUGCAGGCCACCCACAUCUUUCCAAACUAGACAGUCUCUCUCAAAACUCAUCAAAUCCCAUCUUCUUUGUUUCAGAUAACUCUCAUCUGACUCCUUGAAAUCUAAUCAGGGUUGCUCUUAGAUCCACAAAUGGUACUAUCAAAGCGUAUCCACAGGUUCUUCAAGUUUAGACUCGACCUUGUUUCAUGCAAAACUUCUCCUAGUCCUUCAUUAAGUUGAUCAUUGAUCAUAUUCUAAAAGCUUUUCUGUCGAAACCAAUCUUCCUCCACAUAAGCAUAUUCAUUAGUUGACAAAAUAUAUUCUUUCUUCCCUACCACCAGCACCACCCGCCUCACAACAGUUUCCUCCAUUGAAAAUCUUAGUCUCUGUCAAGUGUUUUGCUUUUGUCUUUCAUCCUAGAGAAAUCUACAAAUGGUUGCCAAGACGAACUACGAGCUUUCAAGGGGAGUUGUGGAAAUGGCCUCGAUCAUGCUCAGUGUUGAUUACUCUAGGCUUUUCUGGCUGCUCUUUGGGGUAUUUUCUUAUGAAAACCAUGAAGGAAAGCCUCGGAUUUUCUAACACCCGCCCACCCUAGCUUUUUCAAAUCCUUGCAUUUCGAUACUAUAGAAGUAGUGUCCUCGUAUUGUUAAAUCUGUAGCUAAGAUACAUAUAGAUAUUGAUAUACACUCCAACACAAAGUGCGAUUGCUUGUUGAUUUCUCAACCAUGAACAACAAGACCAGGAUAGGAAGGGGCACUGUUGGAGCUAAGCAGCAGCCUGAGUACGUCGAAACAGAUCCAUCUGGUCGCUAUGGACGUUUCAGGGAUAUGCUUGGCAAAGGAGCCAUGAAGACGGUUUACAAGGCUUUCGAUGAGGUGCUCGGAAUGGAGGUGGCUUGGAACCAAGUCAAGCUUAACAAUAUGUUUGGUUCACCAGAAGAACUUCAGAGACUCUACUCCGAAGUUCACCUACUUAAGAACCUCAAUCAUGACUCGAUCAUUCAUUACUACACGUCUUGGAUUGAUAUUGAUCGAAGAACCUUCAACUUCAUCACUGAAAUGUUCACCUCCGGCACCCUCAGAGAGUACAGGCAAAAGUACCAACGAGUGAGUAUUGGAGCAGUGAAAAACUGGGCACGCCAAAUUUUGCGUGGUCUGGCUUAUCUGCACAAACUUGAUCCACCUGUUAUUCACAGAGACCUCAAGUGUGACAACAUCUUUGUUAAUGGUCAUCUUGGACAAAUCAAGAUUGGUGACCUUGGUUUGGCAGCUAUUCUCCGUGGGACGAAACAAGCACAUAGUGUCAUAGGUACACCAGAAUUUAUGGCACCUGAGUUAUACGAUGAGGAAUACAAUGAGCUAGUAGACAUAUAUGCCUUUGGCAUGUGUGUGCUAGAGAUGGUUACUUCAGAAUAUCCGUAUAACGAGUGCUCUAAUCCUGCUCAAAUCUACAAGAAAGUUACUUCAGGCAAACUACCAAAGGCAUAUUACAAGAUCGAAGAUUUGGAAGCGCAGAGAUUUGUAGGGAAGUGUUUGGUGGAUGUCUCAAAAAGGUUGCCUGCGCACGAGCUCUUGCUCGAUCCAUUUUUAGCAUCUGAUGAUGAAGAGCCUAAGCCGAUGCCCAUCUCAAGAUCAAUCCCAAUUCAAAAGAUAGUUCCUGAUGAAAGUACUGUAGUGAACGAACCAGUCUUGUCUUUGGGGUCAAAUAUAAAGAGAAGCACAAAGAUGAUCAUUACAGGGUCAAGAAACCCAGAAGAUGAUGCUAUUUAUCUCAAAGUUCGGAUUUCUGACAACCAAGAUGGUCAUGCUAGGAACAUAUAUUUCCCCUUUGACAUUGUAAAUGACACUGCAAUGGAUGUAGCAGUGGAGAUGGUGAAAGAAUUGGAAAUUAGUGACUGGGAACCAUCCGAGAUUGCUGUGAUGAUAGAAAAGGAGAUAUCUUCUCUAGUUCCAAGUUAUAACAAAUGGGGUUCUCCUCAAGAUUAUCAUUCUAAUCAGCACUGCUAUAGCUAUGAAGAUGAUGAUGGUUGUGAAGCGGAUGUUUCCCGCCAUCCUUUUCAGUCCUUCUCCUCAUGUUCUUCCUCCCAAAAUUCUCUACCCGCUUUCGGCUUAGUCCAGUCUCAUAGUGCUAAGAACAUGACUAGUGAUCAAGACUGGUUUCAUGGUGAUCUGCUUACCAAUGAUGAUGCAAGUUCUCAAAGUUCUUUAACCUCAUGCAACUACUCCAACAUGAAUUAUCACUCAGGCAAUGAAGAUGACUAUGACUUAGUUAGUCCAGGAAAAGAACCCUCCUCCUGCUUUCGAAAGACUAACAUGUCAACAAGGUUUUGUCCUUCGGAGAGCACUACUACAGAUCAUCAUAACAAACGUUGUGAUCCACAUGAACACAAUAGGAAAGCUUAUCAAGCACUGAAUUAUCAUCAUGGCCAUCAGCAUCACCAUCAUCAGGGGAAACUACCGAGAAUUCGGUCACUUGUUGACGUGCGUAGCCAAUUGUUGCACCGGUCACUGGUAGAGGAGAUAACCAAGAGGCGUUUGUGCAAUACCGUCGGAGCUGUUGAGAACAUUGGUUUUCAAGCUCCAGAAAAUUGAAGCUAAUUUCCUCUGAAGCUUGAACUUGUUGUCCAAAGAUGCUCAGAAGCCAGGGUGCUAUGAACAAGUUUCUUGAGACUACGCAGCAUUUACAAGUGCGGUAAUUAACUAAUGCUUGUAAAAAUUUUGAGCCUUGGCAAACUAUAAGGUUCAUGAAAUAACCAAUCCGGACUAUGCUGCGGGCCUCUGGUUUGAACAGCGGAUUUUGUUAUGUAAUGUAUAAAUGCAUAUCUUAUGCACUUUGACCAAGUUCAAGUGCUAGAGAAGUAUGAGUCUGCCGGUUUAAUUCCGCAGAAUCGGCUUCAUCUUUGUAAAAUAUUAUCCUUCGUUUUAUGCAUGUUUUUUUUUUUC